AUGUCGGGCGUGCCAUUCACGAGUCCUUUCGGGGCCAACUCGAAUCCAUUUGGCUCCGGCUCGAGAUCCAACGCGGCUGGUGGCAUGCAGCAAGUGAUUGAAGAGGAGGAGAAUGACACAAUUACCUCGCCCACAACACCAAACUUUGCCCUCCAGCCAAGCCCUCGUGGGCCGUUUGGGGGAGAUGCAGCCUCUGACCAAGCCGCAAACGCACCCCAGAACCCACCUCCUGGUGAAUAUCCCGCCCAGUACAACUUUGGUCGCCGAACGUCCGUCUCAGCCGAGUCUUUGAAGCCGAACGCCGAUUCAUAUGAUAAUUGGAAGCCUCCUGUGCACCCGAAGAAUCCUGAGCAACUGGAGCGGCUCAAGAAGGCUAUCGAGGGUAACUUUUUGUUCAGCCAUUUGGAUGAAGAGCAGAGUGCCCAGAUUCUGGGUGCCCUGGUAGAAAAGCCCAUUCCCGCCAAAGAUAUCAAGGUUAUUUCUCAAGGAGACGCCGGAGACUUCUUCUAUGUUGUAGAGAAGGGUAGUUUUGACGUCUAUGUCAGUAGCAGUGGCGCACUUCAGCCAGGCCCGGAAGGCAUGGGCCAGAAGGUCGGCACCAUUGAGGCUGGUGGAUCCUUCGGCGAGCUUGCCUUGAUGUACAAUGCGCCCCGCGCAGCGACCGUCGUGUCUGCCGAGCCGAAUUGUACCCUUUGGGCCUUGGAUCGGCUGACCUUCCGCCGCAUCCUGAUGGAGUCGACUUUUGCUCGCCGGCGCAUGUAUGAGACCUUCUUGGAGGAAGUGCCUCUUCUGUCGACCCUUACCCCUUACGAGAGGUCCAAGAUUGCCGAUGCGUUGGAGACGCAGAAAUUCCCUCCGGGCACUACGAUCAUCAAGGAGGGCGACCCAGGCCACUCCUUCUACCUCCUGGAGAGCGGAGAGGCAGAUGCGUUCAAGGAGGGCACGGACACGAGCGUCAAGCGUUAUGGGAAGGGCGACUUCUUUGGCGAGCUCGCGCUGUUGAACGAUGCCCCCCGUGCCGCGAGCGUAGUAUCCCGCACCGAGGUCAAGGUAGCCACUCUUGGCAAAUCUGCCUUUCAGAGACUGCUUGGUCCCGUCGAGGGCAUCAUGAGGCGGACCAGGUAUGAGGGAGUCAAGGCAGGUGUGGAGGAGAUGGAUCCCCUACAUACCGCAUAG